GAUUUUCAUGUUCAGUUCGGUGGGAUUUUCGAUAGUGGAAUGUAGGUUUCGAAGAAACAGACAAGCGUGACAGAAGAACUAUAUUCACCGAACAACUUUAACAACACCUAUCGAAACAAGAACCCCACUAAGCACAACUAGAUCGAUACAACUAAAAUUAAGAUAUAAAUCCUGUAAAUAGUUAAGAAUAUAUAAGAAUACGAAAAUGUUUAUUAGAGUAUUUGCCCAACGAUCUCUAAUACCAUCCAGGACACAUUUAAAUCUAACUUUAGGAUGUCGCCAGUACUCUAUCGAAUACAAACCAAUCAGGAGCGUCCUGGUGGCCAACAGAGGAGAGAUAGCGGUCAGGGUGUUUCGAGCUUGUAACGAAUUGGGAAUCAAGUCUGUAGCUAUUUAUUCCAAAGAGGACAGAGCCCACAUACACAGACUGAAAGCAGACGAGUCUUAUUUGGUAGGUGAAGGUCUUCCACCAGUAGCAGCAUAUUUAAAUAUACCUGAAAUCAUCAAAAUAUGCAAAGAUCACGGAAUAGACGCUGUCCAUCCUGGAUAUGGAUUCCUUUCGGAGAGAUCAGACUUCGCUCAGGCAGUAAUCGAUGCUGGAUUGACAUUUAUUGGUCCUCAUCCAAAUGUUGUGCAACAGAUGGGUGACAAAGUGGCAGCUAGAGAGGCUGCUAUUGCAGCCGGUGUUCCUAUAGUUCCUGGUACUGACGGUCCCGUCAGUACAAAAGAAGAAGCUGUCGAAUUUUGUGCCAAACAUGGUUUACCUGUAAUAUUUAAGGCUGCCUAUGGAGGUGGUGGCAGAGGCAUGAGGGUGGUAAGAAAAAUGGAAGAAGUGGAAGAAAAUUUCCAGAGGGCUCACUCAGAAGCUGAGAGUGCUUUUGGAAAUGGAGCUUUGUUUAUAGAGAAGUUUAUUGAGCGACCUAGACACAUUGAAGUACAAUUACUUGGUGAUAAAGCUGGAAACGUGGUCCAUUUAUACGAAAGAGACUGUUCCGUGCAACGUAGACAUCAAAAAGUCGUGGAAAUGGCACCCGCUCCACAUCUCGAUCUUAAAAUUAGAGACGCCAUGACAUCUAUGGCUGUAAAAUUGGCCAAACACGUCGGAUACGAGAAUGCCGGUACGGUGGAAUUCUUGUGCGAUGCUAGUGGCAAUUUCUACUUUAUAGAAGUUAACGCCAGAUUGCAGGUAGAACAUACAGUAACAGAAGAAAUUACUGGAGUAGAUCUAGUCCAAAGCCAAAUUAGGGUUGCGGAGGGCAUUACACUACCCGAAUUAGGCAUCACUCAAGAAAAAAUUCAACCAAGUGGCUUCGCUAUCCAAUGUCGUGUGACCACCGAGGACCCCGCGAAGAAUUUCCAACCGGACACCGGUAGGAUUGAAGUGUUCAGAUCUGGAGAGGGUAUGGGUAUUCGUUUGGACGGUGCAUCUGGAUUUACAGGAGCUAUAAUCUCUCCUUAUUAUGAUUCGCUCUUGGUGAAAGUUAUUGCUCAUUCUAAAGAUCUGCCGUCGGCGUGUGCCAAGAUGGAAAGAGCUUUACGUGAAUUUCGUGUGCGAGGUGUCAAAACAAACAUUCCAUUCCUGGUCAACGUGCUGGGAAACCAAAAAUUCAUCAACGGCUCCGUGGACACGUACUUUAUCGAUGAAAAUCCUCAGCUAUUCAAAUUUACACCGACCAGAAACAGAGCCCAGAAACUUCUUAACUAUCUAGCCACAGUUUUAGUUAAUGGAGCUCAAACACCACUUGGAACGUCACUGAAACCUGCCAGCGUGAAACCUCACGUUCCCGAUGUUUCAUUGGAAUACCUCGCCCACACGCCUGAGCAAAAACCAACUGCCCAGCCACCAAAAGGAUUUAGACAGAUCUUUAAAGAACAAGGUCCAGAAGCGUUUGCCAAAGCCGUACGUAAUCACAAAGGUCUCCUGCUUAUGGACACCACUUACCGAGAUGCUCAUCAAUCACUAUUAGCUACCAGAGUCCGAACUCAUGAUUUGCUCAACAUAUCGCCGUUUGUUACUCAUAAUUUCAGUCAAUUGUACUCUCUAGAAAAUUGGGGCGGUGCUACUUUUGAUGUAGCUUUGAGGUUCUUGCACGAAUGUCCUUGGGAACGUUUGGAAGAGAUGAGAAAGUUAAUUCCGAAUGUGCCUUUCCAAAUGUUGCUCAGAGGAGCAAACGCCGUUGGGUAUACCAAUUACCCAGAUAAUGUUGUUUAUAAAUUCUGUGAUCUUGCCGUCCAGACUGGUAUGGACGUGUUCCGUGUUUUCGACUCUCUCAAUUACUUGCCUAACUUGAUCGUGGGAAUGGAGGCAGCCGGUAAAGCUGGAGGCAUCGUAGAGGCAGCCAUUUCCUACUCCGGUGAUGUCAGCAACCCCAAGAAAACAAAAUACGACUUAAACUAUUACUUAAAGAUUGCCGAAGAACUUGUCAAAGCCGGUACUCACGUGUUGGCCAUCAAAGACAUGGCCGGUUUGCUAAAACCUAACGCCGCAAGGAUUCUAGUUUCCGCUCUACGUGACAAAUAUCCAGAACUGCCAAUCCACAUUCACACCCAUGACACUAGCGGAGCCGGAGUGGCCGCCAUGUUGGCUUGCGCUGAGUCCGGUGCUGACGUUGUAGAUGUCGCUGUCGAUGCCAUGUCGGGGCUGACGUCACAGCCUAGUAUGGGAGCUAUAGUGGCCAGUUUGCAAGGCACUCCUUUAGAUACCAAUCUGGAUUUACAGAAGAUUUCUGAAUAUUCUGCCUAUUGGGAACAAGCCCGUACAUUGUACGCACCGUUUGAAUGUACAACAACGAUGAAGAGCGGUAAUGCUGACGUAUACAACAACGAAAUACCCGGAGGACAAUACACUAACUUACAGUUCCAAGCCUACUCUCUCGGUCUAGGUGACUUCUUCGAAGAUGUGAAGAAAGCGUACGCUGAGGCGAAUAUACUUUUAGGAGACAUUAUUAAAGUAACUCCGUCAUCGAAAGUGGUGGGUGACUUGGCCCAGUUUAUGGUACAGAACAAACUAAAAUCCCAAGAUGUUUUGGACAAAGCUGAAGAACUGUCGUUCCCGAAGUCUGUGGUGGAAUAUUUGCAAGGUUACAUUGGACAGCCUUACGGUGGAUUUCCUGAGCCAUUAAGAUUUAAGGUGUUAAGAGACAUGCCACGCAUCGAAGGUCGACCUGGUGCCAGUCUGCCUCCGUUCGAUUUCAAAGCGCUAGAAGAAGAACUGAAAGAAACCUUCCCUCAAUCCACCGACCGCGACGUCGUCAGCGCCGCGCUUUACCCUCAAGUUACCCGCGAAUAUCUGGCCUUCAACGAGAAAUUCGGCCCGGUCGACAAACUGGACACGCGGAUAUUCUUAGUCGGACCCAAAGUUGGCGAGGAAUUUGAGGUCACCAUCGAAAAAGGAAAAACGCUGGGCAUCAAGACUUUGGCGAUGGCCGAGGAUUUGACGGAACAGGGAGACCGCGAAGUGUUCUUCGAGUUGAACGGCACUCUUCGAUCUGUCUUUAUCAGAGACAAGGACGCUCAUAAAACAAUAGAGGUCCAUCCUAAGGCUGAUAAGACUAAUAAGAAUGAGAUUGGGGCGCCUAUGCCUGGAACAGUAAUCGACAUUAGAGUAAAGGUGGGUGACAAAGUUGAAAAAGGAACACCUAUUAUCAUUCUUUCCGCAAUGAAAAUGGAAACUGUCGUUCAAAGUCCUGUUGCUGGUGUAGUAAAAUCAAUUAGCGCCAAGAUGGCCAUGAAACUAGAAGCCGAAGACUUACUAAUUACUGUAGAAUAAGGUAGACUACAACGUGCAUCAUCAGGGAAAAUUUCAGGCUGUGCAUUGGGCAUACCGGUACAAAAUUUAUUUUUAUUUAAAAAAAAGUCCAUAGAAAAAAGAAGUCUCGAUAUAAUUCCUUAUUUUUUUUAUUUAUCUAAUAUCAAUCUGAUUUUGACCCUAGCCGAUAUAACUGUUAAACAGACAGAUCAAUAUUACUAUCGUUUGAUCGAAAAAAAAAUGGCGUCAAGAUGGCUUGGAAAUGAAUAUCGAUGACAUUCCCCAUAUAAGUUUACAUAUAAAAUGGCAUCGAUCUUCAUUUUAUAGCCAUCGCUGACGCCGUUUUUUUCCGAUCAUACGGUAUUUAAGGUAUUGAAAGUGUCAGAUGAGUUUCUGAAUAGUUUUAAUGGUUGGUUUA